AUGACCAAACCAAGGGUCGUGUAUUGGUUCCGAACAGACCUCCGACUUCACGAUUCUCCCGCGCUGAAGGCCGCGCUAGAUCUCGAGCCAGAUGUUCUGUGGCCGAUAUUCACCUGGGAUCCCUACUAUGUCUACAGGGCGAGGGGAGGCACAAAUCGAUGGCAGUUUCUCUCCAUUACAAAACUCAACCCCAAGUCCAAGCUCUUCGUCCUCCGAGAAGCGCCCCAGACUCUGUUCCCCAAGCUCCUCAAAGCCUGGAAAGUCACGCAUCUCGUCUUCGAGAAGGACACCGAUGCAUAUGCCCGGCAGCGCGACGACGUCGUCGCCAAGGCAGCAAAGGAAGCUGGCGUCGAAGUCGUCAUCCGCUCUGGUAGAACCCUCUGGGACAGCGACGAGAUCGUCGCCCACCACGAUGGCAAGCCAACCAUGUCCAUGACGCAGCUGCUCUCUGCUGCAAAGAAGGUUGGCCAAGUCCCCCGGCCGAUAGCCGCGCCCAAGGGUCUCCCCGACCCGGGCGAUAUGCCGCUCGAUUUCGAGCAGCAUGUGCCGAGCAACGCUCCAGAUGUGAAUGCGCAGGCGAGGGAGAAGAAAGACACGGCGUACAAGAGCAUCGCUGGGCCCAAGGGCGAUUUCGCUAUCGAGACUCUGGAGGAGCUUGGGUUUCCGGCGGCCACGACUCCUUACCGAGGAGGGGAGAGCAUUGCGUUGAAGGAUCUAGCCGAGAUUAUCGAAAACAAAAAGUACACAGCCACCUUUGAGAAGCCAAAGACCAGUCCGGCGCAGUUUGAGCCGCAGUCGACCACGUUGCUCUCGCCGUUUCUGCACUUUGGUGCCCUAUCCGUCAGGGAGUUCUACUGGCGGGUGCAAGAUGUGGUCGAGGCCUACGGGAAAGGGGCGUCGACCCCUCCGGCGAGCUUGACGGGCCAACUCAUCUUUCGGGAUAUGUAUUUUGCUGCGCAGGCGGCCGUCGGCGCCAAGUUUACGCAGACGGCUGGGAACCCGUACUGUCGUUUUAUACCCUGGCACCUGCCUUCGGAGAGAGACUCGCAGACCGGGCUUGUUACCGACAAGUACAAAGUUGACUCGGACGACGCCGAGAAGUGGUUCCAGCGAUGGAAGCGAGGCGUUACGGGCUUCCCCUGGAUAGACGCUCUUAUGCGCCAGCUCGUCCACACGGGUUGGAUGCACCACCUUGGCCGCCAUAGCGUGGCGUGCUUCCUUACCAGGGGAGGAUGCUACGUCGAUUGGGAGAGAGGAGCAGAGGUCUUUGAGGUGCACCUGUUGGAUCAUGAACCUGCCUGCAACGCAGGAAAUUGGCAGUGGUUGUCGUGUACGGCUUUCUUCUCGCAGUAUUUUCGGUGCUACAGCCCCGUUUCCUUUGGGCAGAAGUGGGAUAAGAACGGAGAUUUGAUUCGCAAAUGGGUCCCGGAGCUGAAGAAUUUGGAUUCCAAGUACAUAUACGAGCCGUGGAAGGCGCCGAUUCAGGAUCAGAAGAAGGCGGGCGUGAGGGUGGUGGGUGAUGGACUGGAUGACCAGGAGCAGGGGACGUAUCCGAAGCCAAUGUUUGACUUUGGGAAAAGGAGGGAGACUUGCAUCAAUGCCAUGAAGAUUGCGUAUGGAGUCGGUUUGUAUGGGGAUGACGAGAGGGUCCUGGAUGGUUCGUGGAGAGAGUUGUUUGAGGGCGAGGGAGGGGAAAUGAUGGAAAUGGUCGCGAGUGAUGGUGGGGAGAACGCGGAUGAAGGGGAUGAAGAUGUUGGUGACAAGAGGAGGCUGAAGGGGAAUGAGAGGAAUAGUGUUAAGAAGCAAAAGAAGUAG